AUGAGCGGAGAUGGGUUUCCAGAAGAUGGUUAUGCUAACCUCCACCUAGACCGAGCUCCUUUGCCUCCUGACAAAAUCUGUCCAAUCAGUUGGUGUGAGCAGUUUGCAGUAGAACGAGGCGCUUGCAGGGAUGCAGAGGGCAACCUCACGGUCCACUGCUCGGCAGCGAAGGUCCGAGGGUCCGACCUGCAGCCGUGCGGGGACUACCUGCGGCGACGAAGCAUCGCCAUCAUCCAGAGGUAUCGUCUGCGCUAUCGGCUCCGACAAUUGUUGGCCGCGGCUAGGCUCUCUCGCGAAGCUCUUGGGAAAGGUUUCUCGAUCGUCCGCUUUCAACCCACGCUGGCCUCGCCCGAAGGUGGCUCAACUCUGACCAUUUCCAAAACGGGUUUUGCUGCUGCCGUUCCUGGGCUUCUCUUCGAGGCUAGAGUCGACGGCAAGCUUUGCCCGUCGGUCCAGGUACGGUCCGAUCCCCAACUCCUCUGCGUUGUGCCCCCCGGAUCCGGUAGUUGCCUCAAGGUCGACGUCACGCCCAUCGUCGAGAUCAACUACGGAGGACCGUAUUCCCCUUUGUCUCUUGACAUCAAGCUCGAAACCCUGAGCUUGACAGGGUUUGCCUACAAAGGUCCCACAAUUGACCGCGUCGUGCCUGCCGAGCUUCCCACCAGUGGGGGGCGACUGACGCUGUACGGGUCCAGCAAGGUUGGAGUUGGUCAAGUCUCCAUCAACGCAUCAGGACAGGUCGCCUGCAGCGUUGUCAACGUCCAGAGCGACCACGUUGUGGUGGACGUGGGACCAGGGACCGGCUCCGGCAAACACCUCUUGACGCUUGCUGUGUUUCUUGCAGGACCUGUCGUCACCGAGCUCGACACAAACGGCAUCAGCGAGUAUCCGACCUGGACCCGGAAUGAGUCUUUUGUCCUCAAUGGACAAAACUUUGGCCCGCUCGUGGGCGCACCGCUCAUCAAAGUGACAGUCGGUGGUGUCCCAACCGGCGCGCGACUCUGCAGCGAACACACGUCCCUGAUUGUUGACGUACCGCCUGGCGCUGGCGGUGUGGCGCUCGUGCAAGUUUCUGUAGACGAGCUCACUAGCUUGACGAGUCCUAGCACGUGCAUCUCCUAUGCCCGUCCGCAUGUCCUUUCCUGUACAAAGUCGGGCGUCUCUGGUGGUUAUUUUGCUGUUUCCGGCCGCCAUUUUGGUACCGGGAUCAGUUCGUCCCUGGUCGUGACUGUCGGUGGAAAAGCUUGCGCCGGCGUCAACCUGCUCAACCCCCACACCAAAAUCGAGGCCCUCGUCCCCGAAGGUGCCGGGACGAAUCUACCUAUCGGGGUCCAAAUCGCCGGAGUGGACGCCACUGUGGAGGCGUCCUGUUCGUUCUCGUAUUCAGUCUCCAUCUCCAAGCCGAAGUCGAGCUCCAUCGGGCCCGACUCGUCCGAGGUGAUCAACCUUUUCUGUCAAGCACAACUUGCAAGGUACUACAAGAACGGGAUACGUCAAGCAGAACUAGAUGUCUUCGGUUUGCCGUUUACAACCGAGUCCGCUAAGAAAGCGUCGGAGAUUUGGAAGGAACUCGAGCCCAAGAUCAGGAGGAUGCAGAACAAGGUGAACAAAGACAUCCUCGUCAAUACAAUCACGAAGGCUUGGCAGGCUCUUAAGAAAACACGAGGUCUUAGUGUAGAGGAGAAUCCGAAGUCUAAAAAAAGGAACACCACAUGA